AUGUUUCUUGUGCAGCUGCUGCUCUUGGCCUCGAUUGGAGCUGGGCAGCAAGACCAAGCCGAUGAAUGUGCAGAGACGCUCCUCGUCCAGUUGUCGCUGAGCACGCAGCCCAGGGAGCCCCCGGCAGCCACAGAGCGCGACUUGGUGUUCACCCAUGUGCCAUACAACUUUGGCCACACGAUUGAACAGGUAGCCUUUGCAGGCAGCGGGCACAUAGACGUCUACGCAUCUGCGCAGAUCAUCGUCGACGGCUCGCCGAUGCCGGUGGAGAAGAAAUUCGACAUGCUUCAGGCUUCGAUGCAGCCACAGGGAGAAAUCUGGGGACACAUGAACCCAGCACUACAUGGCACUUCCAACGUAACAGGUUGUCCGCUCUUCUACACGCCCGCCAAGCAUUGGCCAAAGGAUCUUGCUGAUUGGUACUUUGCAGGGAAAAAGACUUUCGGUGUGCUCCGAGAUCCUUAUGAGCGUCUGGUGGCUCAGUUUCGGGGAAAUAUUCCUGGAUAUGGAGGAGCGUUUCUAGGUUUCCAAACCACGAUGCUUGCGAUGUGGAUUCAGCUGUCAGGAAGAUACUGCAACGGUACAUGGCAGGUAUAUGCCGAGGACUGCACCUACGUCCCGCAGGCAGAAUAUUUUGACUCUCCCUACGGCAUAACGGUGCCUGUCGACAACCGCAAAUUUCCAACGUCUGCCAAUGACGUGCUGGCAGAGCACGGGUACACAAACAUGCACAUUGCCACCGGUGACAUAAUGCACGUUAGUGGAUGUCCGGAGGUGUGGCCCGGAGAUCUAAGCUGCGACACUAAGAAGCUCAUUCGAGAGGUGUAUGCACGCGAUUUCGAUCUCCUGUGCAAGCACUUUGGGUAUUGUGAUGCCGGUGAGAACGUUUGUUUGACAGAGGUUCCGGAGAUGUGUCCGAGCAACAUGUCUCAGAAGAUAGCAAGCGCUACCUAUUGCGAAUAG